AUGUUUUCGCCAAGCGAGGUGGAAUGGAUUAUCGAAGAAUUUGAGAUAUCGAUUCAGGAAUUUGGGGGUGGCAAAGAUCAUAAUGGAACACGUCGCACAAUGUUCGGCGGUCCGAUUGAGCAUCGCCCUCGACUCUGUGCCCUCCUUGAUGAUGAACGAAUUAAGGGACUUAUCGGUGGGGUACUUGGUGAAGGCUUCAACUACGCUGGAGGUGACGGGAACUAUUACGCCGGCGAUACCGGCUGGCAUCCUGAUGGAGGUUUCGGUAUAGAAUUCGGCACCGCCGAUGCCGAUACCGACUUCACGCGCUAUACGUUUUCGGGUGGAUAUCACCUCGGAAACGCACUCUACUGGGGAACAGGUUACAGUUGGAUGAAUUCGGACGAUGCGGGAUACGACAGAUUCCGUUCACUCUCCAUGGGUUUAAUGUAUCGGCGACGUUAUUUCUCAAUUGGCGCAGCGGCACGCGAUCUCAAUCGCCCUAAAUUACUUGGAGAAAAACUCGGACGCACCUAUGGUUUAGGGUUAGCACUCCGUCCGGGGACAUGGCGCACAACACUCUCAAUUGACAUGCAGAAAACUCAAGGGAUUGAGGGUGUAGAACUCCGUUAUGCCUUGGAGGUCCGCCCUAUUCGCGAAUUCAUGCUCCGCGGCACCGUAAAUAACGAUCUGAGUUUUGAUGUCCGUUUCGGUGUAAAUAUCGGAAAUUGGGGAUUUGGAACGGGCAACACCUUUGACAAUAAUCGAGAAGCAUGGUCGGGUGUCGGCUAUUUUCAUUUUUCCAACGCACCGAAAACCAAACCGCUGUCCCGCCGCAAGACGUUCCUUGACCUGCCGAUGCGCUCCCUCAAACAGGUCCUACCUAUCGCAAAAUGGGAUGAGGAUGUCGUUGGAAUUCUCGUCCGUAUAGACGGGAGCGGCUACGGUAUCGCGCAGCUUCAAGAGAUGUCGGAUGCCAUCUUGGAUUUUAGAGAAUCGGGACGUGUUGUUCUCUGCUACCUCUCUAAUUGUUCCACCGGGGACUACAUGGUCGCAUCUGCAUGCGACGGCAUCCUGAUCCAGCCGUCUGCUGAGGUGCGCUUAAUUGGCAUACGCACAGAACAUUCCUUUCUACAAAGGCGCGUUAGACAUGCUCGGCAUUCGGGCGAAUCUUGA